AUGCUAGGAUUGGGCAAUAGCCAUGUGUACUCGAUGGCCAAUCAAAGUACAGUGUCAAACAUAUCAAGAGAUGAGAAGUACGACUAUGAGGAUGAGAUCUCUGAUGAAAACGAUGAAUCUGGCAUUUCUUUGAGCAAAGUCAGGGUCGAAAACGGAUUCAGUUUUCGUUCAUUCAUCGAUCAAAUCAACGCUAAGACAAAAGCUUUGGCAAUGGCCAGGGAAUUGGAUGCUAAAAGAGGUAUUGUGCAUCAAGAUGCCACUGCAAGUGCAGGUUCAAUUGAUUCAGCAACAAGUGCUUCAAGUGACCUUCCAAAAAUCAGUGAAAAGAGUGCACCUCGAACAUCGAUACGCAGGAUUCCAUCGGGCGCUAGGGCAUCCACAGCGCAGCCGGAUCUGAGUGCCACCCCAAUGAAAGAUGUAUCUCAAAAUGAGAACUCCCAUGCGCAAACUAUCAAUGACCUGUUGGUGCAGUCAACCCCCAUAAACACGAGCAAAUCUGCUCCUUCGAGUAGAAACACUCAGCCGCGAGACCUGCUCAGAGAAAAGUUUAUGGAGAAUCACCGGCCGCAGGCCGAUCUGGAAAAGUCAAUAUCUGAGUUUCCACAGGAAAAGGGUCCCGACAGUGGUUUGAAAAAGACAGCACAUAUUGAGUUUGAGGGUGCUGAUGUCAAAAGUGCAGGAAGCAAGCUUUCGAUGACUGAGCUUAAUGAAAAGGAUCAAAUGAUUGACGAACUUCGGGCCAUUGUCAAGGAUCAGGACCUGAGGAGUACCGAACUGCUGGAGCGCAUAGAAACAUUGCAAGAUCAAGUUUCAAUGCAGGAAACUUUGGCUAAAACUAUCCAGGAUCAAAGGUCUCAGGAACAAGAAGAAUUGAAAAGGAGCAACAACCAGAUCUUAUCCAAAGACCAGGAGUUAGACCAGAUCAGAGAGCAUGUUAAGCUACUUAGUGAGAAUUUCGAAUCUAGUAACAAUGAACGCGAGCGGGAAGCGGCAGAUUUGCGAUUCGAGCUUGAUAAUUUCAAAGCAUCAGCCCAAGAGUUGACAGGAAGAAUAUCAACACUCGAGCAAGAAAAAGUUGAGCUUGUUGGUGAAUUGCGUUUGUGCUCGAUCAAAUGCGCUGAUCUUCAAUCUGCCAGCAAGACUGUGCAAGAGAAAAGUGAGAGAGAAAGGCAAGAACACUUUUCCGAGUCGCGAGAUUCGGAAAACAUGAUAGUAUCACUGGAAGCAAGCAUUCGAGACCUUCGAAGUGAGCUUGAGAAAGAAAAAGAAGCUUCUUCAAUCAAAAAGGCCUCUAGCGAAGACGAGCUGGGGCGUUUACGGGGCCAAAAUGAAGACUUACAAAGAGAUCUGGAGAAACUUACUUCCCAAAUAAAGGAGCAAACAGCACAUCACAAGAGAGAAAUUAUCGAAGUUGAGAAAAGUCUCAAUGGCGCUCGUCAAGAAACUGAGAAAGCCAAGCGCCGUCAUGAAAUGCUCGAAAAACAGCACACGGAACUACAAGGUUUGAGAGAGUCGCUAGAGACUACGAACGCUGAGCUGAAGAACGUUGUAAAAAGGCUCGAACAGCUUUCAUCAGAGCAAAUCCAAACGAUCGGCAAGCUGGAAGAAGAGGCUGAGAGGAAAAUGAAAAAAGAAGCCAAUGCAUUGUCUAAUGCAAAAAAACAUUCCAAGCAACUUGAAGAAAAAGUAAGACAGCUCCAAGAUGUUGUCAUCACAAAGAAAAACGAGCUCGAGUCAGCGAAAAAAGACAAUACAACGUACGCAUCGUAUGUGGGAAAGGUCAAACUCUUUGAAACCCAAAUUGGCGAUCUGAUCAACGAACAAUACACCACAGACAUGUUCUGCAGCCAUUUGGAUGCCCAGUUGAAAGUCAGAUGUCCUGGAACUAUAGGUUUCUUAACGGAAUCAGAAAAAGAGUCUUCCUCAGUCACCUUGGCGAGCUUGCAAGCUGCAAAGUCAGACGUUGACAUGUUGCAGCGCGCUAUCAGAAACGAUUGGACGGUGAAAGUCAACAAACUCGAAAAUGAGCUUGCCAACAAGACAAAGGAGUUGCCGCCGCUACGUGAGCUAAUCCAGGAUCUCGAGCACAGAGCCCAGGGUCAAGAAGCCCGGAUAGCAAAGCUGGAAGCCGAAAAACAGUCGCUUUUAAAAGACAAGGAGAACGAUCUGGAGACGUGUCAGAGUUUAGGAAACGAGAUAAGCGUGUUGAAAUCACAAUUGGUCGAAAAUCAAAGCAAAAGCUUUGUGGAGCUCUGCAACAAAAUUGAGGGAUUAAGCGAGGAGAGACAUCAACUACAAAGCCGACUGCAAACAUUAGAAACUAACCUCGAGAACAAAGAUGUAUCGGCCGCACAAGUAUCGAAGCUUCUGAGCCAGGAACGUGAAAAACAAGCUGUCUCGCAGGAAGAGCUGCUGCAACUAAAACAAGAGCUUCAAAAGAUCCAAGGUGAUUCUGCUCAUGCCAUAACUUUCCAAGUAGCCUCGCAGGCGCGGCCACACUUGAAUCGGAAGUUUUAUGACUCUUUGAUGGUCGACGCCGUGAAUGACAUGGACCUCAUAGAUCUACAAAAUGUGGUCAAGAAUCUCAUUCUGCUUUUGGAGAUUCCACUCUCCAAGAUUACCAAAAAGAUGCCUUUGGUAGCCAUAUACUUGCGCUACGAGAAGAGUAUAUGUUUGCAUUUUGCCAACAAAUUACAUCAUUUGAUGUUUGGAGAAACAAUCGACAUCAAACGAUUUACCAAUAUCGUGUAUGGCCAGUACAUUGAACACCACGAUAUAAGUCAGUUGGGUCAUCCUUUGGAGGCGUGUUUGGAUAACUUAUACAAAGCGAUCAGCGUCAAGAUCGUAGCGUCACAAUAA